GUCUUUUGAUGUAUUAUUUCUCUCUCAGUCAUCUCCAAAAUCCCUAGAAAAAACCCCUUCUCUCUCUUCAAACCCCAAAACCCCAUACUUUCCUUCUCUCCUUCUCUCAUAUUCUUCUCCUUCUACAUUGGCCAUCUCUCUCAGAUCUCUGCAGACGCAUUUGUGGAAGAGAACGGAGAAGAGAGAUUGAAAGAAACUCAAAACACAAAAGUCGCAUUUGGUAAUUCAGAUGUCUCAUGUGAGAUGAAGAAGACCCACUUCCACUCAGUCUCUACUCUCGCAGUUCUCAUUGUCUUCUUCUUUGUUGGGUUAGUUUGUGUUUGCUCUGCUGAGCAACACAUCUCCAUUACCAGCCAUGGGGGUCUCACGGAUGCUGAGGCUCAGUACAUCAGGCACCGCCAAUUGCUUUACUACAGGGACGAGUUUGGUGACCGAGGAGAGAAGGUCACGGUAGACCCAUCUCUGGUCUUUGAAAAUGAUAGAAUUAAAAAUGCGUACUAUGCCUUACAAGCUUGGAAGCAAGCCAUUCUCUCCGAUCCAUUUAAUCUCACUGCGAAUUGGGUCGGGGAUAAAGUCUGCAACUACACCGGCGUGUUUUGUGCUCCUGCACUUGACAACCCCAAGAUCCGAACCGUCGCCGGCAUUGAUCUCAACCAUGGUGAUAUUGCAGGGUACUUGCCUGAGGAGCUUGGGAUGCUCGUCGAUCUCGCAUUGUUCCACAUCAAUUCCAACAGGUUCUGCGGUACCGUGCCGCAGAAGUUCGACAAGUUGAAGCUACUGUUCGAGCUAGAUCUUAGCAACAACAGAUUUGCUGGCAAGUUCCCCAAGGUGGUUCUUUCGCUGCCCACUCUGAAGUUCUUAGAUCUGAGAUUCAACGAAUUUGAAGGCACUGUCCCGCCACAGCUUUUCGACAAGGAUUUGGAUGCAAUCUUCAUCAACCACAACCGUUUCGUAUUCGAUCUGCCGACCAAUUUUGGUAACUCCCCUGUUUCGGUGAUUGUGCUGGCGAACAACAAGUUCCAUGGCUGCGUACCGUCAAGUUUGGGGAACAUGUCGAAUCUGAAUGAGAUAAUUAUGAUGAAUAAUGGGUUCAGAUCGUGUUUGCCUCCUGAGAUAGGUAUGCUGAAGAACUUGACUGUGUUUGAUGUAAGCUUUAAUGAGUUAAUGGGCCCGCUGCCGAACACUAUUGGUGGUAUGGUUAGCCUUGAACAGCUAAAUGUGGCUCACAAUAUGCUUUCAGGGAGUAUUCCGGCGAAUAUUUGUCAGUUGCCUAAUCUGCAGAACUUCACUUAUAGUUAUAAUUUCUUCACCGGAGAGCCGCCGGUCUGCUUGAGCUUGCCGGACUUUGAUGAUAGGAGGAAUUGUCUGCCGGCUAGGCCGAAGCAGAGGUCGGCUGGGCAAUGCAGGGCGUUCUUGUCCAAGCGUGUUGAUUGCAGCUCGUUUAGAUGCGCCCCUUUUGUGCCUUCUUUACCUCCACCUCCACCUCCCUCACCGCCAAUGCCAGUGCCUUCACCGCCUGUUGUGGUGCCCUCUCCACCCGUGCCAGUAUCAUCGCCUCCCCCUCCUCCUCCAGUGCUUUCACCGCCACCACCAGUUUCCUCACCCCCACCACCACCAUCCCCUGUUCCUAAACCAUCUCCACCACCUCCUUCACCCCCGCCGCCUGUUUAUUCUCCUCCCCCACCUCCACCAAUUUACUCUCCACCUCCACCAUCACCACCCCCACCAGUCUACUCUCCACCUCCUCCACCUCCUCCACCCCCACCACUCUACACUCAACCACCACCACCUCCAUCCCCUCCCCCACCAGUUUACUCUCCACCUGCACCACCUCAAUCCCCUCCAUCACCAUCUCCAUCGCCUAUACCUUAUUGCGUACACUCCCCACCGCCGCCCCCUCCAAAUUUUCCACCACCUCCGCCUCCAACUCCAGUUUUCUCGCCACCGCCGCCAAUUCCAUACCAUUAUAGCUCACCGCCACCCCCUUCACCGCCACAUUCUCCACCACCUCCUCCACACUCUCCUCCCCCUCCUAUUUAUCCCCAUCUAUCGCCCCCACCACCGCCUCCUGUCCACUCUCCACCUCCAGUCCAUCCCCCACCUCCACCAUCCCCGCCUCCUUGUAUAGAGCCCCCUCCUCCACCUCCACCAUGUGUAGAAUAUUCACCACCUCCUCCAUCGCCAUCACCACCGCCAUCGACUCCUUAUAAGCCCCCACCAUCACCCUCACCUCCACCACCACCACCACCUGUAACGUAUUCAUCCCCUCCUCCACCAUCACCAUCACCCCCACCACCAGUUCAUUAUCACUCCCCACCACCUCCUGUUCACUACCAUUCCCCACCCCCUCCAUUGCCAUCUCCACCACCACCACCUGCUCCCUCGCCACCACCGCCAAUUGUUUAUGGAAGCCCGCCGCCUCCAGCCCCAGCGUACGAGGGGCCAUUGCCACCCAUUCCUGUGAUUUCAUAUGCGUCGCCUCCACCACCACCAUUCUAUUGAUUCUUUAGAGAAUUUUCCUCCUCGAACCUCAAAAACAGAAAAAUUUUACAUUUUUACUCAGCAAUUACAGUGUCCUUAUCUCUUACUUUCUCUUUGGGCAAUUCUCAUCUCUCGUGGAGUGAAGAGUUGGAAAACUGGAACAGAGGAAGGUCUGCAUUUUUAGAAUUCACCACGGGCAUUGUUCUCUCAUUGGAAUUUCUUGGAAAUUUGAUUGUUGUUGAUGAGAGUGGAAUAAGAAGAAGUGGAAGACAGAGAUGGGGAGGUAAGAGGAUAAAGUCUCUCCUUAUUUAUUCGAAUUGUUAUGAAUAUUUGAGUCGUGAAAUAAAAAUGGCAGGGAAAGAGUCGUAGGUUGCAGAGACAAUGUAUGUAUAGAGACCAUAAAUCCAUGGCUUAUAAAAUGAUGUAACAGCAGCUGCUUCUGCUGGUUUCGUGGGGUUUAUUGUUAUUAUCUCUUCUUUUAUAUCAUACUUUUGUUUAUUUUUUGCUUUCCAAUUUUAUAGUAUAAUCAUGAACAUUUCUUUCACUUGUAUUGAUUUUCAGAAUUCAUGGUGGAUUGCUUCUUCUU